AUGUCAUGUGCCAAGGCUGGCCAGGUUCCCAUGUUGCCGAAGGAACGUCGCCGGCGAGGCGUUAGCCUUUUAAGCACCCUCGGUGCAGCCGCUGUCACUGGUUUUGUAGGGUUAUGUUGCUCCCCUCUGACCGAUGUGGACCUUUCCGAGCUGGAGUCUUAUGGGGAGCACACCUUGGUGCUGCUGCGGCACGGCGAGUCUGAAUGGAACCUGCAGAACCGCUUCACAGGCUGGGUUGAUGUGGACGUGUCCGCCAAGGGUGCUGAGGAGGCCACUAACGCGGGCAAACUGCUGCAUGCGGCCAAUGUCAGUGUAGAUGUGGCCUUCACGUCGUACCAGAAAAGAGCGAUCAAGACGCUGAACUUAGCCUUGGAGGAGAUGGACUGCUUGUGGAUUCCUGUCGUCAAGACCUGGAAGCUGAACGAGCGGAUGUACGGUGAUCUACAGGGCCUGAACAAGGCCGAAACAGCCAAGAAGUUUGGCGAGGAACAGGUGACCCGGUGGCGCCGUUCCUUCUCAGAGCCGCCGCCUCCGAUCAAGGACGACAGCCCGUACCAUCCGAAGCUGGACCCCAAGUACAGGGACAUCCCCAAGAAGAAUCUGCCACUAGCAGAGUCUUUGGCCUUGACGAUCCAGAGGGUUUUGCCUUUCUGGAGGCAAAGUAUUGCACCACAGCUCCACAAGGGCAAGAAGGUGCUGAUUGCUGCUCAUGGCAACUCGCUGCGAGCUCUUGUCAAGUACCUGGAUAACGUGCCAGAGGAUAAGAUUGUCGGCCUGAACAUCCCGACCGGGGUGCCGCUCGUGUAUAGAUUGAACCGGCAGUUGAAGCCGGUCGAGCUGCCCGGGCAUGCGGAAGGGCUGAGUGGGGUCUAUCUGGGAGAUCCAGAUUGGGUGUCUUCCAAGAUCAAUGGCGUCAAAAACCAGGUGCCAGAAGGCUCCGAGGUUCCGUCGAGCUUUUGUUCUCGAAUCUUCAGGAAUCCGCUCAGCUUUCACAGCUAUGUCAGCUUUCCCAAUUGGAAAGGAAUAGGCAGAAGACAUGCUGAGGACACCGGAGGUGAUGACAUGGAAGACCGCGAGGUCGAGGCCAGCGACGAGGAGGAUGCUGCAGAUGCGCUCGUCAAAGCCAGCAGCUCGAAGUCUGCAGAAGUCUUCGCAAUGUGUAGGGACUUUGUGCCAGGCAAAGUCGCAGGGGUCGACUUAGCCCUUACCAAUGCGGGGGAGAGCAUUGAAUCUGAUCCAGCGGGGAGUGGCGACUGCAGUUCCAGCUGCGGGGCUGUGGGGAAGCACUGGGGAAGCAUCAGGGUAGGUGUCAGCGUUUGUCAAGCAUUGCCAAAUUCUUCUCUUCCUGGUUCCUGUAUGCAUCUCUCUGUCCCUCUUUCCCUCCGUCUCUCUCCCUCUCUCCCUAUCACCUUCCACUACUGUAACCUGUAA